AUGUCGGCCACGCUACAGAACGUGCUCCCGGGCAACCCUGCCACCAUCCGAGCUCAAUCCACCAAGAUCUCGGUGGAUCCCAAAGGCGAAAAGGUCGUCUACUGCCAGAACCGCACUGUCUUCAUUCGCUCCAUCACCGACCCCAACAAACCCGCCAUCGCCUACUCGCAGCACUCGCAGCCCACCACAGCAGCGCGCAUCUCGCCCACCGGCUACUACUGCGCAUCCGCGGACCAAGCUGGCAACGUCCGCGUAUGGGACCUGGUCGGUGACGAGCAGAUCCUCAAGAACGAGGUCAAGGUCAUCGCUGGACGCAUCAACGACCUUGCGUGGGACGGCGAGUCGAAGCGCAUCAUUGCCGUCGGUGACGGUCGCGAGAGGUUCGGACACGCCUUUUCAUUCGACAGCGGAUCGAGUGUGGGAGAGAUCACGGGUCACAGUCGACAGAUCAACGCGGUGGCCAUCCGCAAAGACCGCCCCUUCCGCGCUGUCACCGCAGGAGACGACAACGCGCUCGUCUUCUACCACGGUGCGCCGUACAAGUACAACAAGACCAUCAACACACACACUCGCUUCGUUCAGGAUGUUGCCUAUGCGCCCAACGGAGAUCACUUUGUUUCGGUCGGUUCGGACAGCAAAGUCUUCGUCUACGAUGGAAAGACGGGCGACACGGUCGUCGAACUCUCCGAAAAGGCGUCCGGUGGACACACGGGGACCAUCUUUGCCGUCGACUACUCGCCCGACAGCAAGAGGAUCGCUACGGCGGGCGCGGAUGGCUUUGUGAAAGUGUGGGACAUCGCAGCUGCCAAAGUCGAGGCAUCACACGACUUGAGCAGUCAGAGCAGCCAGAAGGUGGACGAUCAGCAGGUGGGACUCGUGUGGGCAGGCAGUCGCAUCAUCUCGCUCAGCUUCGCAGGCGCGUUGAACGUCAUCGAGGAGGGCGGAAAGGUCAACAAGCUCUAUGGCGCAUGCAAGAGCUUUGGUGUGCGAUCGCUGGAUCUCGCCGAGGACGGCAAGACGCUCGUUGGUGGCAGCUACGACGGACGCGUGCUGUCAUGGUCGCCAGAUGGAACUUGCAAGCCGAUCACGGGUGGCGAAACUUUGACGGCUGCUGUGCUGGGUGUCCACUCGACCCGCGAUGGUGUCGUUGUGGCAAGCAUGGACGAUUCGGUGCGCAAGAUCUCGGGUGGCAAGUACGACGGUGCAGCUGUAGCUGCUUCGAGCCAGCCCAAGGGGACCGCAGCUUCGACUAGCGGCGUCGUCGUCAUCGCCGGUGCGCAGGGGAUCGACAUCAUCGAAAACGGCAAAAAGACACAUCACGCUACCACCUACACGCCCUCCUCAGCGGCCAUCUCGGCAGACGCAUCGCACGUCGCUGUCGGAGCUGAAGACGGAAAGGUGCAUCUGUACACACACUCAUCCGGCUCGCUCAAGGAGAACGGUACGCUGACCAACAACCGAUCGGCCGUCACGGCGCUUGCCUUUGACCCUCAGCUCUCGCUGCUCGCUGCUGGCGAAUCCACCGGCAAAAUCCAGGUCUACGACCUCGCCAGCAAGUCGCUCAAGAUCGCGCACUGGGUGUACCACUCCGCGCGCAUCAACGACAUCCGCUUCUCGCCCGAUGGCACCCACGCGGUCUCGGCGAGCUUGGACACCCACGUCUACGUGUGGAGCGUCAAGAAGCCGAUGAAGAACAUUGCGAUCAAGAAUGCGCACGCCAAUGGCGCGCAGGCGGUGACAUGGUUGGCCGACAACGAGUUUGCCAGCGCCGGUGCGGAUGCGGUGGUGCGGACGUGGAAGGUGAGGCGUCACGAAGGGGCGUGA